AUGGCAGAUACGGACGAUUGUGCUAGCAGCCCAUGCGAGAAUGGAGCCACCUGUACUGACGGCGUUAACAACUACUCCUGUUUAUGUGUUGAUGGCUGGGAGGGAACAACGUGUGCAAUCAAUACGGACGAUUGUGCUAGCAGUCCAUGCGAGAAUGGAGCCACCUGUACUGACGGCGUUAACAACUACUCCUGUUUAUGUGUUGAUGGCUGGGAGGGAACAACGUGUGCAAUCAAUUCGGACGAUUGUGGUAGCAGUCCAUGUGAGAACGGAGCCACCUGUACUGACGGCGUUAACAACUACUCCUGUUUAUGUGUUGAUGGCUGGGAGGGAACAACGUGUGCAAUCAAUACGGACGAUUGUGCUAGCAGCCCAUGCGAGAAUGGAGCCACCUGUACUGACGGCGUUAACAACUACUCCUGUUUAUGUGUUGAUGGCUGGGAGGGAACAACGUGUGCAAUCAAUUCGGACGAUUGUGGUAGCAUUCCAUGUGAGAACGGAGCCACCUGUACUGACGGCGUUAACAACUACUCCUGUUUAUGUGUUGAUGGCUGGGAGGGAACAACGUGUGCAAUCAAUACGGACGAUUGUGCUAGCAGUCCAUGCGAGAAUGGAGCCACCUGUACUGACGGCGUUAACAACUACUCCUGUUUAUGUGUUGAUGGCUGGGAGGGAACAACGUGUGCAAUCACCUUGACAACCAAAACAGAUGAUAUACAACUCGAAAUAGUCUUUGGCAUUCCUUUGGAGGAAUUAGAAUCUACAAAUCUGACUGACCCCAGCACUGUCGCUGAGUUGACGAAUACAGUUGAACCACCGUUGACCAAACACUUCCAAACUGAGAUGGGCGAUAAUUUCUUAGGCCUGACAAUUAAAGGAUUUUCGAGGGGCAGUUUAAAGGUAGACGUGAUUGUGAGCAAAAAGACAACCGAGCAAGGCGCAGCUGACUUUGUUGACGCUGCGUUAAGUGUAACGGACGUUACCGUGAUAAUAAACAACGAAACGUAUGGUGCAUCAGUGUCCUCGAUCGAGAACCUCAAAGGCUGUAUGCCGCAGGCUUACUGA